GGUCAGUGAAUGCGAAUAUGCAGCGUGGCCUGUAGAUAGACCGUGAUGAACGUAAGACGAUCGCGCAGGUCCCACCUAUUCCCGGCGAUCGCCCAUUUGAUUGGUCCAUUUCGCUUGCAACUUCCUUGCCUCUCAACCCGCCCAAACGCAUCCGCUUGUUCACGCUCGACAUCGCCGCUCACCGAAACCUUUUCCAUCGCCAAACAGCACCCCACGACCUCUUUUCAUCACUUUCGACGCGAUAAAUCGCAUGCCGAGGCCAGUGCGACACUUUUGACACCCAUAUCAGCAGUAUUGAGGCGCGUUGGUGGUCGAAUUAGCGCUUCUGGGAGCGUGACUCCUCUUCGCUGGGCCGCCCCCAGGCGCCAGAUUUGCACCACGCCCCAUACGCAGCCCAAACGACCCAAACAUUUGUCACGUGCGCUUCGCUGCGACAACAAACAAUGACGGCUCGCGCAACUGGGCAGCGCUUUAGGCAGCGCAAGCUUUCGACCAAACAGAAUUUACCUGUCGUCCGCGAGAGUGAGGUUGAACAGCUUGCUGAUGACGAUGCGUCGCGCCAUAUUCCCAAGGUUGAGACCGGUGUUGAGAAGGGCGAGGAGAUUGAGCACCAUCUACAGGCCGUCAUCUCCGCCGCCCAGGCAGCUGCGCAAGGCGCGACUGGUGGGAAGAUUGCACAACUCUACAUUCCGACUCCGGAUGCUGUCGCCAGCACACUGCAAUAUGAAGAUGUCUAUCCAAAACGGUUUACACAACCUGCCACUUACAUACGGUUCUCGUCAACCGUGGAGGAUACGUCCGGCUGCCCGUAUUGCAUGAACAGUGAUGAUCUCGCCUUUCUCAAGUCUUACAACCAGAAAAAGGGCAAAAACAACAAUUGUUCAGAAGACGAGUUCGAAGAGGUUAUGAACUUUUUCGAAGAAACCACAGCAAUCAAGCAGCCGUAUGCCGCGGUCGACAACUCGUCUGCUCUUGCCUAUGAGGAACUUGAAGCCGAGUUCGAUGAGACAAUCAGCGAGUCGGCGCGGCGGUUCGCCAAAGACAUUUACCCACAUUGGAAGAAUCAACGAUUACUAAAGGGCAACCGCCCGCUGAUGCCCUCACUGAAGUUCGAGACGAAUCUCGAAACCGAUGAUGCUGACCCGUAUGUUUGCUUCCGACGCCGUGAGGUCCGACAGGUCCGCAAGACGCGUGGUCGCGACGCGCAAGUAACGGAGAAGCUCAAGAAGCUGAGGAAGGAACUGGAGGAGGCUCGUUUGCUGAUGUCGCAAGUCAAGCGACGAGAGGCAGUCAUCAGAGAACAGCUUGCCACAGACAAGCUGAUCUUCGAACAACGCCAUGCCGUCAAGGAGCUCAAGCGUAGACUCAGCAUCAAGGGUGAUGAUGACGAACUACUCAUCACUCAGAAGCCUGCUCCUAAGCCAAAGAGAACUGCCGAUGUUGAAAGACAACGUCAGACUCUACCAGGCAUGAAGCCUACCAACACACGUCCAGACGGGCGUCUUGUUGAUGGUGAUAUAGUGUACCUCGAAGAGCAGCAAGCCAAGCGCACCGAGGCCAUCGAUAGCUUCAUCGAAGACAACCUGGUUAAGCACCAAAAGUGGAAUGUGGGCUGGGUCGACGCAACAUGGCGGCCCAUCACGCCACCUUUGGAGCCGCCGGCUGCGAAGUCGGACUUCCGUACAGUCUUUACGGAGAGUCAGCUUCCCACGCCUCCUGCGUCCGUGUCUGAUGGUGAAGGUGCUGAUGCGACAGCAGUGGUGCCGUCGAGUAAGCAGACAGAUCCACGGAGAAGUGCGCGCAUACGUUUUGCCACUCCUCCAGAUGACGUUCCAUUCCAUGAUCAAUCUCGCUUCCGUCGUAGAAUCGGUCGAGGCGGGCGUAUGAUGAUCGAUCGCCGAGGCGUGAAGCGUCAAAAGACCGAGAGGGUAGACGACCGCUUGGCCGAUCGAUGGCGCUUCUCCGGCGACAGCAGUGAAGAUGAGGAGACAUAUCCCGUCGACUGGACAGACAAUCUGCACAUCAGGUAUCGCAUCAUGAUUGAGCGCCAGGGCGAGAAGGCUGCGGUUCAACAACCUCCACCAAAUCCGAAUCGCCGGUCCAUUGAAAACCACAAUCGAUCUGCAUCCGGCCAUCUUCUUCCUCCUACACCCACAACUGCCGCAGCUGGAGGUUCUUCCGGGAGAUAAAUUCCCGCAGUUUACAAUCUCUUCUUCUUUUAGCGCUUUACUUAUCGACAAGUUAUACCCUUUGUUUUCUAUUGGCUCGGUGGGCUGGCUCCAAAGAUCUACCAAAGUUAUGUACAGUAGCCUUUUAAAUUCAGGGAGGAGGAGGCAAUGCUGGAUGGUUGGGUGGGUGAAGGGAGGUGCGAAGGUUA